AUGGUUGUUUGGCAGUGCCGGACAGAUGAUAAUCCUUGGGAUUUAGAUGCACAGCAUGAAGAAUGGACCUCAUACUCUUCAGAAGAGAAUGUUUCGAUAGAACAAGCCUAUAUGUCCCGUACAGCACAGAAAAUUUUUAUUCGGAACGGACAUUACUGUAUUGACAUUGCGAAAUGUAUUCAGUAUGUGGAACAGUAUCCUGAUGUACAACGUCCAAUUCGUCGUUUAUAUGGUGAACACAAUUUAAUGCAAAUCCAUCAACGUCGUCUUUUUGAUUCUAACGAUACAUAUUUUCACCCGUUNAAAGACGAUGGAUUCAAAAUAGGAUUGAAUACUUGGACACAUGAUCGUACAGUUUUUGUUAAAAAACGAGAAUAA